CCGAGGCUCAAGAGGAAGAGGAGGAAGUAUCGACAGGGGCAUCAAGGUGAACCAGGAGGACAGCCGCUUCACCCUUGACUACUGACGUCUUGAAGGGAUAUUAUUACGUUGAAGAUGGCCCCAAAGACUGCUUUGGUCCUGCUGGCGGAGGGGGCCGAGGAGAUGGAGGCUGUCAUCGCCAUCGACGUGCUCAGGAGGGGCGGAGUGAAGGUGACGGUGGGGGGCGUUGGUGGUGCUGGGAGCGUGCUCUGCAGCAGGGAUGUGGUAUUGCUGCCUGACAUGUCUUUGGAGGAGGCUGUAGCAAAGGGCCCCUAUGAUGCUGUAGUUUUGCCUGGGGGACUGAAGGGAGCUGAAAAUAUUGGAAAGAGUGCAACUGCAAAGGCCCUGUUAACGGAGCAAGAGAAGGCUGGUAGGGUGAUUGGUGCCAUAUGUGCAGCACCUGCUGUUAGUCUAACUAGUGUUGGUGUUGGGGAGGGCAAGAAAAUGACAUGCUAUCCUGCUCUCAAGGAUAAGCUGACCGGUUCAGGAAAAUACACUUUCGUGGAUGAAAAAGUUGUUAUUGAUGGUCAGUUUGUCACUUCCCAAGGACCAGGAACUGCCUUCGACUUUGCCCUUGCCCUUGUGGAGCAGCUUGUGAGUUCUGAGAAGAGGGCAGCCACUGCCAAGCCCAUGCUGCUUUAAGUUUAGGAGGCACUGAAGACUACUUUAAUAUUGUCCACACCAGGGAGCAUAAAACUUAAUGAAAUGUUUGCCAUGUCCAACAGAAGCUUUGAACGUAGCAUCUGUGUACUCCACCAGGCCCAUCGCAGCUUCAGGCACGGAUGCUUCCGCACCAUCCUAUGAAGAAGCAAGUUCAAACACCUGUCCAUGUAUUCCAGGUCAUUUCAAAAUACACAUCCUGGUUUAAAAAUUGAACUAACAUGAAAGACUGAGCAGAUUUAUCUUCAACAGAAACCAGAAAAAAAUUGUGAUAUUCAGUCAAGAUAAGCAUUCUGAAGUAUAUUUAUGGAACAGUACUGCACAUUAACGAGCUAAAUAUUAAAAAGUGACAAGACAUUUGAAACUUAUAUUACAUAAGAAAAUAUAAUAAGGUGAUGUAGUCCAGUAAGGGUCAUAACUACAUGAGGAAAAAUUACGGACUAUCCAGAGCUAGAAGGGCAAAACUGCUAUAUGUGUAAUUCCGCCUUCAAUAGGCCAUUACUUAUACUAUUUUACAUUACUAAGUAAAGCUGGCCAAGCAAAAAAAGCUCCCUUUUUCAUACUAAUAUAAAAAGAUAGGUAAUUUUCUUUGGACAUUUUUUUCUGAUUUGCUUUAUUUUCAGGAAGCUAAACAGUAAAAUUACCAUACUAAGCUGUCUAAUAGAGCUCAUUUGUUUAUGUACAUAUCCCAGUGUAUUUUAGGCCAUCAUCUGGUAGUCUUACCAUGCUUUUACUCUAGAUUAAGUUGUGUUUUCCUCUCUUGUAACCUGAUACAGUGCACGAUGAAAUGCUAAGUAAAAAACAUGUUGAUCAAGAGAAACCUACAAAGAUGAUGAAAGAAACACGGGAGGAAUGAGAAGGAAAGUAAGUAAAAGAGACAUGAUUUUAUGUGUCUCCUGACCAUAGAUAGUAGGACAACAUGUGAGUUUUCCGUGUUUAGGUACUUAUUGUAUUUACAUUGAUACUUAAGAAGGUCGCCUUGUUGAAGGUUCUGGAGGUUCAACAGACCAUAAUUAUACUCAAAGCACUUACUCCAUCAAUCUUGUGACUGACAUCAUGUGUAUGAUGUUGAGAUUGUAAGUGAGGAAAGACAGAGCAGAAGAAAAGAGAGUAGCUUACUGGAUGCUGCAACACUAAAUAAAGGUUACUAAAAUGCAUACAA